UGAAAACAUCCAAUGAUCCAUUCUAUAGUUUUCUCAGUGGAGGAGCUGGUGUUGGUAAAUCACAUGUUACAAAAGCCUUGUAUCAAGCAGCUUUAAAAUACUAUAACACCAAAGCUGGAGAUGAUUUUCAUCAAGUAAAGGUUUUAAUGUUAGCUCCUACUGGUAAAGCAGCCUAUAAUAUCAAAGGCAACACAAUACAUAGUGCUCUUGCAAUACCAGCCUGUCAAUCUUUGAAAGACUAUAAGCCACUGGAUUCUAGUAGACUAAAUACUCUCAGGUGCCAGCUGGGAGGUGUGAAACUGAUAUACAUAGAUGAGAUAUCAAUGGUAGGAAAUACCAUGUUUAAUGUACAAAUCAACAAUAGACUUAAAGAUAUAAAAGGUAGUAAGGAUGACUUUGGAGGUAUCAGUAUAAUUGCUAUUGGUGAUUUAUUUCAACUUCAGCCUGUCAUGGAUGGCUAUAUAUUUAAAGAUUUAGACAACUCAGAAUACAGCAUCCUUGCUCCAAACCUAUGGCAAAAACAUUUUAAAAUGUUCGAGCUACAUGAAAUUAUGAGACAGAGAGAAAGCAAAUUAUUUGCUGAAAUCUUGAACAGAUUAAGAGAAGGCAUCCAUACAAUUGACGACAUUCUGAAACUUAAAGAAAGAAUGUUUGAUGAAAAAAAAGUGACCUCAACUUCCUAAUGGAUAUUCCUCAUCUUUUAUACAAAACAAAAAGGUAAAUGAUUUCAAUGAAAAGGUGCACCAAGCAGCAAAAGGCAGAAAGUACUCUAUUAAAUCGCAAGAUAGUGUAAUAGGAGCAAGCUGUUCAGAGCUUAGGGAUAAAAUAAUGAAGCAGAUACCUGAUGACCCAAGGAAAACAAAACAAAUUGUCUCUAAUCUUCAUGUAGCUGAAGGUGAAAAAGAACAGAAUUAGCAAUGAAUAUAAGAACUGAAGAUGGCAUGACAAAUGGUGCUGGAAAUGUUGUUAAAAAGUACAAUUACAUCAGAAAAACAAACCAUCUGGUAUAAUAUGGGUACAGUUUGAUCAUGCUGAUGUAGGGGGAAAAACUAGAUGUGAUAAUAAGCACUUGUAUGCACAGGGUAUAGAAACUACUUGGACACCUAUCAAACCAAUUACUACACAAUUUGCUGUAGGAAGAAAUAGAACAGCUCAAGUUGUGAGGAAACAAUUCCCUCUGAGGCCUGCUGCUGCUAAAACUAUUCACAGAUCACAAGGUGACACUGAGAGUAGAAUAGUUGUUAACUUUGAUACUAAAAAGGCAAUACCUCACAUACAUUAUGUGGGUCUUAGCAGAGUUAAAACCAUAGAAGGAUUACAUAUAACUAAUCUUUGUGAAAAGAAAAUAGCUGUCAGUCCUGAUGUACAAACAGAAAUGAGACGGUUACGAAAUUCAGGUCUAAGUCUGUCAGUAUCUCCUCUUUAUAGUAAAAGUCCACUUUCUUUAAAAAUAUGCUAUCUUAAUGCAAGGUCAUUACACAAACAUAUAGAUGAUAUACGUAAAGAUCUCAACUACUCAAACACUGACAUAAGCAUUUUUUCAGAAACAAGAUUUACUCAUUCAGAUCAUGAUAGCAUGUAUGCCAUUGAUGGAUAUAGUUUGUUUAGAAAUGACUGUGACUCUAAUAACACUACAAGACCGUUUGGAGGUACAGCAGUAUACAGCAGAAUCAAUUAAUUCCUGGCUCUCCUUAUUGUUUAAAUAGGAAUGGUGUUGAGCUGACUAUCAUUAAAUGCAUGUAUCUACCUCAUCUCACCAUUAUUGGUGUGUAUCGAUCCCCAAAAAGUGCCAGUAACACAAUUGUGUAUUGCAUUAAGACAGGUACUUUUACAUACAACUACACAGUACAAUAUUUUCCUUGGAGAUUUUAAUGUAAACUGGUUAAAUCAAACUGAUAGAGUUCCAUUAUAUAAUCUAUUUAUUACAGAAAAUAACUACAGACAGUUAGUAUCUUUGUAUACCACUGACAGCAAAACAGCUAUAGACCACAUUUAUACUAACCUGCCAGAAUCUCAGGCAAAGUUACACUUGUUAGAAACUUAUUUUUCAGACCACAAAACAAUAUGUGCGUUAAUAAACUAUGUCAAUACAGAAACAUAACUUCAAUUCAAACUUUUCUUGCCUGUUAUACAGAUAAGGACACAACCACACCUAGAUGUAAUACAAUCCAUACUAAAAGAUGACUACAUAAUCAUAAUAAUCACUACAAAGAUUCAGUAAUUUCUAUAACUCCUUCAUCCCUGUACCCUCCCUCUCCCUAACAGUAAUCAUCAGGUAAAUAUCCACUAUAUUUCAGUAAUUAUAUACUCAAAGGAUUGGUUUAGCUUAUAUUGUGUCCUUUAUUUUUAUAGGCAAUAAUCCUUUAUUUAUUAAUAGUCUUCUCUUUUUUUUCAGUCAUGGAUGAUUUCUCAAAGCAAACAGCUACUCACAGCACUGGUGCUCCUUCUUCAAGUCAAGAAUUUGUGGGAUACAUACAUAAUGUUUCUGCUGUGUAUAACUAAAAGUUUUUUCAAUGCCAGUUGCAAGGGAGGGAUGAAUCAGUUACCCGAGCCGUGUGCUUCUCACCAAGUAAGCGCAAGAUUUUUGCAGACUUUCAGGACAAGAAGAGCCCCAUAAAAAUUAAAAGGUUCAAAGUAGACACCAAUGCAAACACCAGUGAUCUGUUGAUGGGACAUGAUGUCAUAGUCGAACACUAUCCAGAACUGGACUUCCAAAGAUCACAAAUACAAUCUUCAACCACCCUUUUGUCAGUCAAAUCUGUUCGAGUUGGCCAGCAUAUAACUGUAAAGGCCAAACUAACCAACAUGUCCAAACAGCAAAAAGCAGGAGAUUUAACUCUUGUGAACUGUAUUCUGCUUGACCCUACAGCUUCAAUGAAAAUGGUAUUGUGGGAGAAUUUUAUUAACCAAGUGGAAAACAACCGAACAUAUAUCUUCCACAAUGUAACUGUACGAAAGGACAAAUACAAUGAAACCAUUUACUUAAACACUGCUAAAUAUGGCACUGAAAUCAGACUCACAGAAGAUUUUACUGAAAUCCUAGCUGUGCCACUAACUCAGGACACUACACAAUUUGUAUCCACAACCGUCGAAGGAGAAAUAAUGGGAAUAGUUUCCAUCAACUCGUACUUCUCUUGCUUUAAGUGUAAAAAGAAACUAGAGCAAUCUACUGGAGCAGCAUAUUUGGAGUGCAAAAAAAUUGUCACAUGAAGCAAAAAACUUAAACCUGCAUCUCAACACUGGUAUGCUCAGGUAAUGGUACAGUUCUCUGAUGAGAAGUCCCUAGAACUAACAUUGUUUGAGGAGCCAAUCAAGCAGAUACUGGCAAUUCAAAACCAAAAAAGCCAGCCAACAUUAACUCGGGACAUUCUCACAAACAGUUUAUUAAAUCUUCCAGCAGUAAACUUCACAUACAACACAACAACCAAAGUAGUCCUCAAGAUUGCCCAAAAGGAGUAACUAACAUGUAAUUAACACAUUUUGGUUAACAUAGAAGUAUAUACUCUAGGAUGUACACGUAGUUACAUCUAUCAUUGCAGUUCUGUUUCGUUGAAUUUUAUUAGUACUGAGAAUUGCUACAAAAACCAGUUUGGUUAACACAGUAGUAUAUACUCUAGGAUGUACAUGUAGUUACAUCUAUCAUUGCAGUUCUGUUUCGUUGAAUUUUAUUAGUACUGAGAAUUGCUACAAAAACCAGUUUGGUUAACACAGUAGUAUAUAAUCUAGGAUGUACAUCUAGUUACAUCUAUCAUUACAGUUCUGUUAAGUUUUGCUAGUACUGAGAAUUGCUACAAAACCAAAAAAACGGGUUUGGGUUAACAUAAUAGUAAGUUAAGAAUUGCUACAAAAAAAUAAACACGUUUUGGUUAACAUAACAGUUCAUACUCUAGGAUGUACACAUGUAGUUACAUCUAAGAUUGAAGUUCUGUUUAGUCACGUCACCACUGAAAAUUGAUACAAAAACCAGUUUUACAAAAAAAAACAAGUUAAAAUUGUUCACUUAAACAUAAUUCUAAAACAAUGACGUGCAAACUACUGUUUACUAUUCUUGUUUGUAAUAACUCAUGUUUCAUACGUUUAUUAAAAUCUUUAAAUUUAAAAAGUUUUCAUUUGCCAAUCAUUGAGUCCUAUUUUUUAUAACAAACCAAGUCCAUAUUAACCUCUUGACUGCCUGCCAACAUCUUUUCAUAUCCCUGUGCCAAGGCUCAGCAGACAGACACGCUUUACCUUACCUUCAUCGUCUCAUCAUCAUCAUCAACUUUAUUUGUUUAAGCAAGUUGUUAUAUUCGAGGUAAAUAAAAUCAAAAUUUCAAUCAUCAUACAGCUUCACAAAGCUUGCCAUGAUCGCUCGAUAUUCACCGUUUUCAAUACAUUACUAUCCAAAGAACAGCCUAUUUAAAACAAUUAUACUUUUAAUACCUUUUCUUCUUCAGCAGUAGUCACAUGCGCCAACAAGGCGCCUAUUUUUUUUCCUGUCGACCCUUACUCUGUAUCAGUGUUUUGCUUUCAUGGUACACAUUUGUGGACACAAACCAACAAUAUUUAAAGGCAUUUUUUGUUAGCACCAAAAUUCAAAUCUGCCCACAUUACUUCUAUUAAAGGGUGCUUGGAGCACCGCAUUGUCCCAUCAAUGUAUUUUGGUGGAGUUUUGCCUGUCCUCUUCCUAGCUCUACCAUCUUUCGUGUGCAUUAAGUUUGCAUAUUUAGCUUUUAAGGAUAGUAGCAGACAUAAAAGGGAGUGCAGGUGCACAUCAAAGUCCAUCAAAAGAGAACUGAAUUAGAAAUGCUAUCCGGACUCUCUCGCACUUUUUAUGGUAUUGAAAAAAUUGCAUGGCGUAACUGUCAGUUGUUGGAGCUAACAAGAGUCAUAUAACAAAGUUUUCAGUCAAACAACAUAUACACCGCAAAAUGAUAUUUUGUGAUUUUUAUACUGGUUAAAAUUAAUUUAACCUAGGUGGAUUCUCAAUUUCCUUUGUCUCCUAGUCCUAAUUCAUGAAUAAUUAGGGCUAGGAGACAAAGGAAGUAUAGAUUCAACCUUGGUUAAAUUAUAAUUUUAACCUGAAUUUAAUUUUGACCUGUAACAUAUAGUACUUUACUUAUGGCUCCAUUUCUCUUUGGAAAUUUGUUUUGGGAACUGUAGACCUACAUGGUAAAAUCUAGAAUCUUUCUUGCAGCCUAAGAGUUAGUGCCCUUAAUUCCUAGGCUGUUAUUAUUAUAAAAGUAUUGUUAUUACAGUGAAACCUCUAUUAUGCGGACACUUAGUCUUUCGGGACCUUCACAAGUGUCUGUGUAAUAGAGGGUGUCUGCUUAAUAGAGGUUUGUAAAAAUUGUGCAGUGUUUGUUAAUGAUUAACAUUCAACGGUUACUCUGUAAGUUGUGAUAACGUUCCAUGUUGUUAGGGAAGCUGUACUGUGCUUUGUGCAAGACUUUUAGAGGAACAUAGAUCGCGGAUGACAAUAAUACAGCUGGAUAUCGGUCUGAUCUACUGUUUAUUGACAGCUAAAUUUAUUGAUUUAUCUUUAUUAAUUGACUACAGUACAUAUUUGAAGGAUAGAAUCCAAUAUUACCAUUGUCAAUUCAGUCCCGUGUCCGCUUAAUAGAGGUUUUUAACAAUAGAAAUUAGCCAAAUACAAUUUAUUUUAGUGUCCACGUCGGCUUAGCAGAGGUGUCUGCUGAAUAGGGGUUUGUUAUAAAGGGAAAUAUAAGACAUUAAUUUCAGGACCCGGCUUAGUGUCCACUUAAUAGAGGGUGUCCGUUUAAUUGGGUGUCUGCUUAAUAGAGCUUUCUUUAGCUGUAUUGUUAUUAUCUAUUAUGAUGAGUUUGCAGUGAUAAAUUUAUUUUAAUAUUAUUUUUUUAUAGGCAAGAGAUUCUCCAGAUCCAGCCUUUGACGUAUCCAAAUGUGGAGCAACAGAGGUGACUUUGCCUACUGCAUUGCUAAUGAUAUAUUUUCUCAUGUUAAAACUUCAGUCAAGGGAGAUUCAGCACUAAGGACCUUAUUACAAAAGUACAGGAAGAAUGUUGGCUGAUAAAUUCAAAAGUCUGGUCUAAAGAACAGUACUUAAAAUGAUCUAAUAGACUCCUGGGGCAUUUAUUGUUUUGAUUUUAAAGGUCCAAGAGGGGUUUUGUAGUAGGUAGGAGGCAUUUUAAAGAGAGAGGGGUUUAUUCUCAUAACUGUAACAAGCUCAACGAAACUAAUAUGCUUUUGCUGAAAAUACCAAGAGAGUUUAAAAAUAGUAGAAUAUCCAGUCUAUCUAUUGAGAUGUCGAGGCCAUGUAGAGAUCCAUAUUGCUCUUUCAAAUCUCAAUGUGUUGUCAUUCUUAGUCUAUCCUUACUUUGAACUUGGCAUUGAACAAGAUACAAUGCACAAACUCUUAUUAAUCAGGAAAUAAACUCAAUAAAUGGAUUGAUUUUACUCCUUUUUGCUUUUUCCUAGUAUUUUGAAAUUGUUGUCUAUGGAGGGCAUCUAUUAGACAAGGGGUGUUUAUUGCAGGGGAUUGUCUAAUAUACACCUAACAUUGUAAAGGGGGCAUUCAUUAGAUUGAGUGUGGGUGUCUAUUAGAUCAUUUACAGUAUAGAACGUCAAGGUUAGUAUCGUCUGAUAUCAUAGGGGCUACGUCCUCUUAAAUCUUAGUGGUGUAAAGAUGUAUUUGUUCAGUCACUCAUUAAAAAUUCAUGUACAGUUGUUCAAAAGAUGAUUAACACUAUCCACUGGACAACACAGUUGGUUCCACUAAUACUUAUCUGGUCCCAGUUGUUCAAAAGGUGGAUAGCGCUAUCCAUGGGACAAAUCUCUAUCCACUGGAUAGUACAAUUGGUUUCUCUAAAUACUUAUCCACUGGAUAGAGAUUUAUCAGGCCCCGGUUGUUCAAACGCCGGAUAGCGCUAUCCACCGGAUAAAUCACUAUCCAGUGGAUAGCGUAAUCGAUUUCUUUAACACUUAUCCGCUGGAUAGUGAUUUAUCCGGUGGAUAGCGCUAUCCAACGUUUUAACAACCGGGGCCUGGUGAAUAGCGCUAUCCAACUUUUGAACAACUGGGGCCUUUUGGAUAGUGAUUUAUCCGGGGAUAGUGCUAUCCAAAGUUUGAACAACCAUGGCCUGCAAACCAUAUAAAUUUGUCCCGACAAAUGGUCAUCUUGGCCAGAUAUUGUCUGGUACCAGCCAUUAUUUUAAGCUUUCAAUGAUAGUAAAAGUAAUGAGACUACUUUAUCUUUAUUGUUUUAGGUACCCAAAGGAGUUUACUCCUUAUGCAGAGUACUUCAAAAAGAGGUAAAAUGUUUUGGUUUGUGUUCUUAAAUUGUGGUCACCCUUUGAUAAUUUAGAGUUUGAACAAUUUAGUGAUUAGCUCACAGUGUGACUGCUUGAACCAGUUUUGAAAAGAAGAGAUUAAAUCUGAAGUUUUUGGUAAGUAGGCCACAUUAUUGGGAGUACCCCUCCACCACCAACAAGGUUUUGGCUGUGCUUUUCGGCCGCACUAAGUCUUUCAUACUGAGCAUCAUCAGGGUGAGAAAGAAGGCAGUCACAGUGGCAGCUAGGCUUUGAAAUCUGGAGUGCCUGAAUUCAGGUCCUGCUCUGACAGCUAGCUGAUCGUUUCUCAGAAGUACUGCGUCCAGCUCCUCAAUCACAUCAUGUCUUGUAAAUAGCCAAGAGGGCUCUUCCUGAAAGCUGGAAUCUUAAUUAACCUUGUCAUAUUUAACUUGAAUUAUUUGUUUGACUUAUUAAUUGUGCUUGCAUCCACUAGGUAAACUUUUAUGCUAUAAUACUGUUGACGGUACAUGACAGUCACUGAUUGUUAAUUUUUUGUUUUAUGUAUUGGUUAAAUUUCACUUGGCAUAUUUUCUUUUAGGCUCUUCUAUUGUAUGAUAAUGCUUUAACAAAUCUUAAGGGUGGAGGAGAUCUAAAGGAUCUUUCAAGUUUACGGGUGAGGAAUUAAACGAUGCUCAGUUUCUUGAAAACUAAAAAUAUUUAAGUAAUAAUUCCACUGAACUACUCAACUAAUAUUCUUCAAUAUUAUUAUUUGCCAGAGUAGAUUGUGAUGAUAAAUAUAACAAAUGAAAAUCAGACAGUAUUAACUAUAGGCCUUUUGUCCGAUCAUCUCACAGAAUUUAUUCCUCUGGAGAGAAUUUUAUCUCAAAAUGUAUGGUUUGAUAACUCAGCUUAAGAUAAGUUACAGUUUGCACUAGGUGAACAAAUUUUGCAAAAUUUGAAUUCUUAACAGGUGGAAUGAGAGGAUACUGUUACUAACAGUAGUUAAUAUAAGAUUUGAAUUAUAUUAUUACUUUUUUCUUUUUUUGAUGAGUGGUUGGGUUGUGCAUACAGGUACAAUGUAGGUUUAUUCAUUACAGUCACAUUUCAAGCUCAUGAAGAGGGUACAUUCUACAUGUAUAUUGUUUCAGCCUGUGCUGCAGGGUUUAGAUUUUCAUGACCAUUUCCCUGUCUCACUUUUUGUGUUUUCUCUUAAGGGAGCUGAGGUUGACAGCUGUCCCAGACUUUUUUUGUCAAAGUAUUAUAAGAGAGGUUGGUUUUCCUAUUUUCUUUUUGUUUUUAUAGGUUUUAGAUCUUCAUGACAAUUUUCUCGCUACUCUUCCAGCUGAUAUUGAUCAACUGAAAUCACUGCAGGUAAACUGUUAGUUUAUAUAAAUUUUGAUUUGUAAUGUUAGGUACAGGUUGCUCACAAGAAGCUAUAAACCAUUUGGACAUUCUUGAAUUGUAUGGUAUACGUAUACCCUUUCAUUUAGGCUGAGGAAACAGCAGACACUUAGCAAUGUCACCACUGGUUUUCCCAUGAAAUCAGGUUGAGGGAUGAGCACAGAAAUAUCCAUACUGAUGAUUUGUCACUAACCAUGUCUGCGUAUUUACUUCUGAUUGGUGGAAGCAAAUUUUCCCUCAAAGCAUAACCAAUCAUAAGCACAAACCAAGCCUGAAAAGUAAUACAACAUCAGAUGUGUGCGUAAAAUUUCUGCGGUCAUUUUGUGGGGAAACCAGUGGUUGCAUAACAAAAUGUCAGCUCUUUUAUUGAACCAUUGGAUUACAGGACUAAGUUAAUUCAAAGCACUGUUAGCUCCAAUUCUACAUUACCUGUAAAAAAAAAAAAAUCAGUUGUUAUGGUAACUUACAUAUUUGUAUUUGCACCAAGCACUCCCUAUAAAUGACCAUGCAAAUAUUAUUUUGAUUUGACAUUUUGACACAUGCUUGUAUUUUCUUAAAUCUUUCAGGUUUUAAAUGUUCAAAACAACAAGCUCCGAGCUCUACCUGCGUCCGUUGGAAAUUUAGCAGCCCUUCAAAGCUUAAACCUUCAAGGUAUGUGUAGUAUCCUGUGUUCAUUGUUCUCCAUCUCAUCUCCCUUUUGUCUUACACUGACCACUGCCUUGAAAAUCUGGGUUUUACAAAGGGCAAUGUCCAUUUGUCAGAACUGACUGGCUAGACCAUUCCCAUGACAGUGGCAAUCAAAACUGUUUGGCCAGAUGACAGUCAAAUCCUAAAUAGUAUUCACAAAGGAGAACAUUUUUUUUUUAGCAAAAACUCUUGGAAAAAGCCUAUUUCAUCUUCAAACUGACUGGUUGGGCAAUGAUCUGGCCAGCCAGUUCUGACAAAUGGAAAGCCCACUUAGUUACAUAUUAUAUGCUCUAAAUCAUGUUAGGUUCCCUUCACACUGUAAGUGAUAAAGUCUCGUAACUGGAUUCACUAUUUUACAGCUAAAGAUACCCUGCGUAGCUGGUGGAAUUGUUUAUUUGUACGCGUGAGUGUUUUGACUGUGAAGCCGCCACCUCAUCAAGAACGAGCACCAAAGGUGUCAGAAAAUUACAAAGCAUCUUGUCCCCAUUCUCUGUGGCCUCGCAACUCCUAUGCCUCAAUGCGCACUUUGACAAUCCUGCCAGCUAUGCAAGCUAAGCUUAAAGUCCCCUAGCUGGUACAAUUUUUUCCACUGGGUGAGUGAGUCAUUUUCCCUUAUAUUUGCUUGAAAUUUAUGUCUUGAAAAUAAUGGUUUACUCUUCAUACAUGUACAAUGAAAUUUGCAAUGUUACAUAUAUUCUUCAUAGUGGAACCACAAUUUAAAGCAAUUAAUUUUGGUGGUGUAAAUUUCUGGUGUUGAUUUAAGUUUAUGGUAGUGUUUCCCAUUAAUUUUUAUAAGAGCUGUUGGUAGGAGUGAGUUUGUAAGAGCAACCAAAUCAGUAUUUUAUGAUUGUUAUGUACAGGGAAUGAACUUCGCUCUCUACCAGCUGAAAUUGGAAAUUUGAAAAGUCUGAGGACCCUAAAUAUUUCUGAGAACAGUAACCUUCCAGGAGUCCCUCCCACCUUGGCACAUGUGAGAACUUUAGAGGUAAGACAGUGGACUGUCUAACAACUUCACAUCAAAAUGUUACCGUGAUGUAGAGAAGAAACACAAACUUUUUUCUAACACACCAGUAGCUUUUCCAAACUAACCUUUCUUUAUCUUAUAUAGAUUUAUCUUUGGGUUUCUUCUGAUCAGGGCUUAAAUGUACACUAGAUAUGAAUCCUGUUGUGCAUGUUAGACAGCUUUUUUUAUUUCUCAUUUCUUCCACAUCUCAGUGAGCUUUAACGAUUUGGCACUUUCAAGUUUUCUACUGCCAGUUGGCCAUUAAUAUGAACUCCUAAGAGCGUGCAGUAUAUGUACUCCAUCUUGGAGAACCCUUUAAGAGUUAUUAAAAAAGUAGUGUGUGCUUCAGUUAUACGUUUUGUUUUCCUUUUAUAAUUCCAUUUUGUUUCAUGGUAAAGCAUGCUCUACCCUUUCAAGUGACUUGCUUACAUACAUUUGGAUUGUACAACUUAAACUGGUUUCCUUACAGUGUGCAUGUAACUUUGAUGGAUGUCUUAAGCAAUGGAACAUGUCAUAUUAUCUCUACUUGAUAUUAAUAUUUGCUUGUAUUUAUUUUCAGACAAUUAUCCUUGAUACAGACAAGAUCAGUUUUCCCCCUAAAGGUAACUGGUAAUGAGAGGAUACUGAAUUAAAUGCUUAACUGAAACAUAUUAUGGAUCACAAGGAUCAUUUUAACAUUAUUUAUUUUUUUUAUUCAUCAUUUUCUUUUAGAUGUAUCAUCAGAAGGAACUGCAUCAAUUAUGAAAUAUCUCUGUAAAGGUAAAUAAUCUUGAAUUACUUUAUUGCAGCUGAUCCUGUUCAUCCCUUUUCUAAAAUGAAAUACUGUCCUCUUUUUGGUUUGCCACAGAUAAUUUUAUUUACAUUUUACUGUUCUUUGGUUACUGACAUGACUAAUCAAUGACUUUGCUAACUUGUAUUUUUCUCUCUAAAAGUGGCUGGAAUUGAAUAUGUUCCUCCAUCCAAACACUUGUUACCUGUGUUAGGUAUGUGGUCUUUCAUUUCAUCACCAUUGUUGUUCUGCGUUUUAAUGCACAAUCUCUUCUGACUGAAAGACCCUGCUUUCAUGUUUUUUCAACUUUUGAGUGGGACCAGGUAGCGAAAAUGGAUCGACACAUGUGGAAAGAACAUCUUGUAAUCAGUUAAGUUGCCAAGUUUGAAAGUUAUUUGUCGAAAACCAACAGAGAUAUAGCUCCCUAAAGUCAGGGAAUUUUACAGAAAUUUGUAAUUUUGAAUAUUAAUUUGAAUAUUCUCUUACUGCUCUUUAUCAAAAGUUCGAAAAAAGCAUAGGAGGGUCUAUUGAUUGUUGUCUCUGGAUUUAUUGUUUUGUGUUCAGAUGUCAAUCAAGGUUUUGCACGCAAUUUGAAAACCCUUGAAUUUCAGGAGCCCAGUUUCAAGGCCUUGAAAGUUUUUUAUUUAGGUUUUUUUUUUAAGUUUGUGAUUUUUUCUUAAAAUUAUCAAAAUCUUUAACGCUUUGAUUUGAACUAAGUUUUAAAGUAGAAAGUGCAAAUGCAAAAACAAUAUAAUGCCUACAAAAUAAACGUGUAAAACGCUCGUUUGUUUUUUCUCAGGACUCUCUUCCGUUACUCUUGUGUACAUGAAUACGUUAAGCCACAGGAGCACUGCGCAUGCCCAUGGCCUGCAUGUGUCUUCAUAACUGACACAAACAAUGGCCCUGGAAAGUCCAUAAUUUUUGGCCUGAAAAAGUGUUCCUCUGAUAGUGAUUUUGUACCACUAGUCCAGUUGGUGGUCUCCUCACAGAAUGAUUGUCAUAUUUUCUGUAGAUCCAGUAAGAAAUGGAUCAUCACCAACUAAAAUGUGGGGCCCUGUACCAGUUGAUGAACUUGUUGCUGUAAGUUAUUUUUUAAAUUAACUUUUCGCCCAGGAUAUUGUAUUUUGUAAGAAUGUAAGAUAAGCCUUUUGACCAGUAUCCUUAUGUGCUACAAGCAGUUGCAAAAUAGUUCAGACACCAUUGGAUGACUGGGGAGGGGAAAGGAUUCAUGCAAUAAAUGGAUUUGAUAAUAUCACUUUAGACUAAAAACGUCACUGAAUCUCAAGCCUUUCUGUAACUUGUUACAGUAUUGUCAGAUGGUACUGUCUCCUCCUUUCAUUAAUCAACUCACUUGUUCAUUCCAUGUCCUGCAAACAUCCCAUUUUUUUUUAAAUCGGGCAUGUGCUUCCCAAAAGGCAGAACUGGCCAGUUGGACUGGUUAUUUUGUUAAAAUGGUAAACCAGUAUGCAAAGAAUGUAAUGUGUCCGAUAGCCUGGGCUCGUGGAUUUUGCAAUCAGUGCAGUAAAUUCUGUUCUUAACAUUCCUGACGACUAGUGAGUUUUGGGUGGUUAUUUUUGUAUUGUAAAUGUAAAUGUAAUGUAAAUGUAAAUGUAAAUGUCGCGAUUGAGAGGACAAACAUACAUGUCCUCUUUACAUAGCUUUUUGCAGUGGGCUCGGACAUCAGCAUACUAAGGGCGCCGAUGGCAGCCGCUAUCAGUCCAUUUAUGAGCCCACUGAACCCUCCCAACCCAUGAUGAGUGAUGAUGUAAGUGAUGAAGAUAGACCACAACACCGGGAACUACGUCCCCUACUCUUUUCGAAUAGUGUGUGGGUUCUUUAACGUCCCACAGUAUCGCUAAGUCCCCUUAUUUCGUAUGCUACAUCUUGAAAGAAUAGUGAAAAGUGAAAAGAGGUUUUUAAUGACAUCUUUUUUACAGCAAGUGUAGUACUAAAAUUAAUUUUAUGUAUUGUAACGUUUGUUGAAAAAAGCAAGUCAAACCUUGUCAGAAUGGUAGCCUCAUGGAAACAAAGUAACUGGUAAUGAGAGCUAUCUACAUCUGUUCACUAAGGGAACUCUGUCUUAGGUCAAAAUAUAUCCUGAUUUAUUCCAUCGUGUUUAAGACUUCACAGUACUGCUCCGUAUGGUUGAUUUUAUUUCAAAAGUAAAACAUUUUUAUUUCAGAAUACUUUAUCACAGCAUGAACAAGAAAAGGUUUGCAUGUUGAUUUUGUUUCUCUCACUUUCAUUUUUCCUUAUUCAGCUUUAAUUUUCAGUUUUUCAUAUUGUGUUUAACAAUACCACAUUACUUUUAUUAACCACAAACUCAUGUCACAAAAUGGACAUUUCUGUUAUUCAAUCUUCACCUAUUUUGUUGCAAUGGGUUGGUUCCCAUAGAACCGGUAUUUAACGAGAAGCAUGCCAUCUAAUUCCCCACAGAAUUAUCUUUAAUAUUGUUGCCAUUGUCUAAGGAACUGUUUCAUUGACCUUUGGGUCAGAUUUCUUCUAAUGUGACUCUUCAGUUUUGCUUUUUUCAAAAGUCUUGAAGACCUUUUAGAACUGAUAGCUUCUUUCCAAUAAUAGCUACAAGUUCUUGUUUGUUGGAGAUCAACUCAUACCAGUUGUUACCAUUGAGAACUGGCCAGUGAAAUUUCCUGAAACCCCGGGCGGUGUACUGCUGUGUCAAACCCUUCACCUGUUUAAGGAUGUGGAAAAAGAACCGUAACCCUGUUUAAGGCCCAAAUCUGAAAAUGAGUCUUAAUUUAAUGGAAAAACAAAAACUAAGAAUUAACAGAAAGACACAAAUCUUCCUUAAAUAGCUUUCCUAAUACUCUAUAAAGGUAAAGUUUAGUUUUAACAGAUGAUUUGUUUCUUGUGUAGCUGGGUAUUUAGGCACUUGAAUUUUAGCAGAUAUAAUAACAGUACGCUUUCUAAAGAUAACACCUGGGUUACAACGCUAACAAGGGUGAAAAUGAUACCCUCAAAAACCAUACCCAAUUGGGCGUUACAUAUUAUGUGCCUACCUAGCCCAUAAAUUGGAGGACCAUCCCUGGCCUGAAACAAAUCAACCAACUCUUGUAUUAAACGAAUUACUAAUUCUUACUCCAAGGAGAAGAGAAGACAACAAAUGAUUGAACUGCAGAGGCAGAUGCAAGAAGCAGAGAAAGAUCAACAAGCGCUAGCUGCUGCGGCAUCCAAACAACACAAUGAGCUGAUGGACAAAAUACGAACGGUAUAGUGAUAAAUUAAUUUUAUUAAUGAUAUUUCUCAACAACUAUUUGCUUAUUGUUUAAUAUACUAUUUAUGUAAUUUUUCCCGUUUUGUGAUAUCCGCCAAGGACGUAAUCUGUUACACAGCCGUUUUUAGAGUCGUCACGCAACGCUCGUCCCCAGUGCGGGGAGGAGCGUUGCGUGACGACACUAAAAACGGCUGUGUAGCAGACUACCAAGGACGAGAUUUCACUGAAAAUUACAGAGAAAACUAGCCGUACAUUGUAUGUACAUUUUAUGUAACUGAAUUGUAGGCUGAAGCGGAACUGGAUGACCGCACUCUGUGGCAACAACAACAGCAAGAGCAUGAACGACAAAAGAUGGUGUCAGCUAUGGCAGCAGGUAUUUUACAUCGUAUUUUUGUGUCUACUUUAGCGGACGAAUGUCAUCACUGUGUUGGGUAGUACUACCCACUGUGUUCCUGUGAUUAGUUGAAAUCGAGGGUGGACACAUUAUCAUCCUUUGGUGGCAUUCUGGCAUUUUCCUUGAUUAAUUUUCUUUGUACAAGUAAUCAAAAGUUUUUUAUAAAUUGAAGAAUGUGGGUCCCAGAAUAUGACUUCAAAAACUCCUUGUUGAAAGGUGUCUUUAUCGUGGAGUUUUUUUGCUCUAAUUGAGUCCCUUCUGCUUCAUCUAACAUUAAUCAGCCAUUUAUUAAUCAUUUACUUUUAAAAGGACUGCACAAUUCAGUCUGUUGUUCCAUUAAUAGUUAACUGUUAGAUUGUUGUGUAACAUCAGUAACAAAGUCGGGAGAAAUUCAGGAAAUUGGCGGCUAUGUUACGAAACUUUUGCUGUUUUAGGUCAAUUCUAUGCUGCAGUCACUAGUUAGUACCUUCACCGGUGCACAAAAUCCUCCAGCAGAGUUAUGAAGAAGAUACCAAACAAAUUUCAGCAGGGAGCGCAAACUUAAAGAAAUAUAUAUAAUAUUAAAUAUAGUCUUAAAUAACGAAACUGGACAAUUAUUUUGGAAUUCAAUCCAUGCGAUGACAAGUUUUUGCUUUUGAAAAAGAUAGCAAGUAGCGUGUCAUAGACCUAAAAAGUGGUAUUUACUUGUACGUUUGAAACAUUGUAUUUUUGCGAUUUUUCCUUCAUGUCUUCAUCUCUUCCGGGUGAAUUGUUUUCAACUUUGAAAUAACUACCAUUUUCUUUUAUUUUGUAGGUGAACAGCUAACUAAUGACACAGUAGCAAUGAUUUUACAAGUUAACGAAAGGUAAAGCUGAGAAGAUAUGUUAUACAAUAACAAGUUUUUUAAAACCCUUAUAGAAGCAAAGUUUAAUAUUACUUAGCUCUAAACAACUGUGGUACGUAAAACGUUCUUUGCUCUUUGUAGUAACCUGCAUAGUUGGCGGAAUUGUUUUUGCGUGUGUCCUCUACCAAAACUUUUCUCACACUAAAUAACUAUUCCGGUGGCCACGCAGGCUACAUUUGUGGGGGCCACAGUAUGGCUUGUACAAAAUGUAUAUAAUAGCGUACAUUUUACGUCUUGUGGGUUCUCUUAGUAACGUGGUGAUUUUCUUGACCUUUUUAGAGCUCAGAAGGCAGAAAUGAUCCUUGAUGAAUUGGAACAAGAAAGGUGCAAUAAAAAUCUUAUUACAGUAAAUACAAAAUGUACGUUCGGUUGGCCUGGUCUAGCUGAAGAUCCCGGGUGGAGAGGGGGGGUAACCCCUUGACAUGCGUGUCCUGGCCUGCAAUGUCGCCCUGAAAACAUUAUUGUUUAGCUCGGCUACCUACGCACUUUACAGCAUGGAUAUACUUCACGUAUUUUUCUCUGAUAUCGUUUAACCUUCAAAUAUCAUUGCAACUGCUAUAUACACUAGUCUAAGGUACACGGAAAAAUCCGAGUCCGCCCAAAGGGAAUCGAACCCAGGAUGCUCUACCCACUGAUCUAGGAAUGACUUAUAUGGUGAGCAGAUCGUAGGCUUCGUUUCGAUAUAGGACCUCGCAUCACGGGGGCACAUUGGAUGAAAGAAGAGUGAAACUCUGCCACUUUGUAACUCAGGAAUUCCCUUCUUUAGAACCAUUGUACAUGUUUUAGUUUGCACUGAUAAUAACCAUUAAUCCUUUGUUUAACGCUUAGAAUGAGAACUGAACAGCUGAUUAAGGUGACCCAGGAAGAAGCUGAAAAACUCAGGAAGGAAGAAGUUUUAGGUUGGUUAUUAUAUUCCCAUUUGAAUCUAAUAUCACCGUUUUUCUUUUACAAUUGUCCGUAUGAGGUGACGUCGAAGUGAAAAACGUACAAAACUGUGCUGGGUGCUGCAUCGGUAAUCGGGAGAGUUAGACUCGAAAUAGAAAGUUUUGUUUGCUGAAGAAAGUACCAUCAAUAGGGGGAUAAAAAGUGACACCUCGAGCGCCCCUUCGCAAAGCUAUUCAAAGCGCUAGAAACGUUCUUGUCAACUCAGCUGAUAAAAACAAACCUUGUGCGCCUAAUGUGUAAGGUUUGACAAUUAUAGUUUAUGACGAAAGUUAACAUUUCAUUCCUGUUUUUUCUUUUUUUUCUCUUUUUUGUUGUUGUGUUUUUUCGUUAGCUUCUAUGGCUCGUCUUUUGGAAAGCCAAGAAAAUCAAGGCCGACUUAUAAGAGAAUAUGAACGGACAAGAGACAUAGCUGCCAAUCAAGCUAUGAACGAGUGAGUUCAGACUAAAAAUUUACUUUAAAAAUGAAAGCACCAGUUAAAGCUUUUUCAUGGUAAAAGUCAUUCUUAUUCUUUCAGCUUUCUGUUACAGCUUACUGGUUUUCAUUUUGUGUAACUUAGUCCUCCAACUGAACACAUUGACUGAAUUUUGUUGGGAAGGGGUCAAGUUACACGUCCACACCUUAACAAAAAAAUAGCUAGUCUCCCGCGCUUGGGGUGCUUUUAAUUAUUAGAAUCCGGAAUUGUUUAUCGUUAGAAAAUUCGGAAUCGUUACCCCCUUCAACAUGUAUACCUUUUGUGAAGGAAACAGUCGUAAACACAAAUCUGUGGUGUGAAUGGGUCAUAACAUAGUUGAUAAAUUAAUUUAGUUAAAAUGAAAUCUGAAUUUAUAUGCUAAGAAUUUUAUGUUUCUGGUGGGUGUUGUUUGUGGCUUAUUUUACUUUCCAACUGUAGCCCAUACUCGUAAUUUCGUUGCUAUUCCCGUGUGUGUGUAACACAGUUAUGAUAAAUCACUUGUAUUGCAUUUCAGAUCUUUAGAAGCUGAUUCUCGUAUGCUUGGUAUCUUGAAUGAACAAUAUGAUGACAGGGAUGUGUUGAUUUCUGAGAUUUCCAAACAGGUCAGAGAUAAGUGCCAACAGUUGAAUGUCUACUCGUGUGUUAUAUUAUUUUCUCUCAUCGGCGGUGGCCUUUGCGCGCGGCCGCUUUGUAGACAGCAUUUCCGAGUCGCUAGUGCGCUGGAGAUACGAUCCGGAAAUCCCAAAUUCAACUCCCUCCCUUACCGCUCACUGGAUUUAUAUCUCGGCCGUCCCGAGCUUUUCAACUCAUCGGCUACGCUUGUAAAGAGCUAACUGUUUUGCCUCAGGUCAAAUGGGAUUCUCAACUCCGUUAUGUUUCGUGGAAAUUUUUGUUUAACCCCACUACCUUUUAGCCUGCGCCACAGACGAGGUUAAAUUACGUCUGCGACGAAGGCUAACUACGCAUGUUUGAUCUAUUAUCACCGCUGAGGGUAAAUAAAGUCUGUUAUAUUAUUAUGCUAUCAGAACUGUGGACACGUUCCUGAGGAUGUGCGAGUAAUUUCCGUCCUAUCCGAACCUCUCCCGAGAGUGCCUUUUCGUAGAGGUUGUGCAUUUUUCCGAGACCGUGGACUUUGUUUAUGAAACUAAGGAAUCUUAACGUUGAGUUUGAAAUCUAAGUUACACAGUGGCGUAUGCUUUCCUUUCCUUGUUAUCCUCUUGCUGAUAAGAGUAUGAGAUUUUUCCUUUACUUUGUAUCUAACAGUCCCGUAAAUGUUAUGUGUAUUCGUUUUAAAGGAACGAGCACAAAUGGAAGCAAUCCAAGCCCUUCAGCUCCAGACAGAUGCAAAGCAUCGUAGAAUAACAAGCCAGGUAAGUCGGAGUAACACACUCUGCCCGGUACCAAAUACUCUGUCUUUAUCAGCGAGUCUUGGGCCCAUGGUUUCCAGUAUUGCGCGUCUUUUCUUGCAUUGUCUCCAGUUGAAUAUUUGUUCUUUUUCUUCAGAAAACCGUGCGCAUUUAAUCGUUUUUCAGUGUGAAAAUGUUCACUGAAAUGAAUAAAAGACAAAAGAUAAGCAAUGCAUCACUGGAUGCCAGAAAAAGAUGGCCAGCUUACAAGACUUAAUCAUUCGUCCGCUGCCCAGUUUUACUCGCUUAAGUUGGGUAUUGAAUAAUUUCAAAUUGUGACUUGGAUUUCAAAGCUUCAUCGAUACUUGCUAUUAUCUAAGGUAUAAAAUGAUACGUUUUGUGAUUUCUCUGCAGAUCUCCAUGCUACAGGAUGAACUUUCGCGGUUGACUUUAACAGAACUGGACAAGAGAGAAGAACGACAAGAUGUUGAGAGGGUAUGUAAUUUAGUUUUUCAUUCUUCCGUUAAGAUCUGAAACCAGAAAGGUCGUCCUUGAAUGGAAACAACCAAGAGGAUUUUGACUUAUUCCUUCAGUAGACGCGUUGUUCUUACUUUGAUUGAGUUUACACUGAGGUCGGACAUAAGCAGAAAGUGAACACCACUAUCAAUGAUAAAAUGACGAGAUUGCAAUUGUUACGGUUUUAAAGCCAUUCGUCCGUUUUAGUUGGUUUAUUUUUUAGUUUUCGACUGUGUACUUGCUGUAUUUAUAUCGUUUUCUACGUUGAUGACAAAUGAAAAAUGUGGAUUUGAGAAAAGGAAAGCGCACGAGGUGUUUAGGAAAUGAGUGGGUUCUGUGGGUACGUGAAGGAAAAAUAACUGCAAACUCCUUGGAGUUUGUGGUGGUAUUUGCCAACGAGUCACCCUCGCGAGGACGCGAGGGUGACGAGGCGGCAGCAUCAUAAAUCCGACGCGCGAGUUAGUUUUGGUACAGGGAGAAAAAAUCUCGAAUCAAAAUGUAAGCAUAAGGUAAUGUAAGAGUGACAUCAUCGGUCAUUGUUUUCGAGCUAGCCAAUGGCAUCGUGGUAUUUUUUAAUCUAAACCAAUCACAUCAGGACGAUCAUGACCGGUGACCACAUGACCAACAUCAGAUGACCACAUUAACCUCGUGGGCAUUUUCUGGUGUAUCCCGGCAUCUCCUGUUCGUGUUGGGCAUCGUGCGACUUGCGAGGUGAUCAAUUACCAGGCAGGAAAAGGUGAGUGGAAAUAUUGAUUUUAUUCACUCGUGAGCGUUGUCUUCUUGGGUGCAUUUUAAUUAAGUGUUUUUUGGAUCCGGGGUCGCAAAUCUAGCAACUAGCAGACUGAAAAAUCGCCCAGCGAGGCUAAAAUCGCCCAGCGAGGCAGUUAUCGAGAGCAGCUCGAAAACGGCGAGUGACAGUGUCACAGUCACGGCGAGCUUGCCAAAACAGUCAAUUGUCUUGACCAGAUCGGCCAGCGUGCCAUUUAAGAAACAAAAAAACAAAACCACUUGAAUAUAUUCACUAUAAACUCAAUCAGAGGGCGUAUAAAGCCUCUUUUUAUCGAGCUAGUGUGCUCAGUGCUCAAAAUUACAAAUUUUGAUCGACCAACGAGACACGAGUCACAUGGCGUGUCGCUGUUAGUUGUGCGCUUUUUUCUGCUUAUCCAUUAGCGUGUCCGAAAGUGAAAAACAGUCUAAGCUCUGUUUGCCGGGAAGCCACUAUCAGUCAAGCUUGAGGGAGCUUAGCAAAUCAGUUUGGAUAGUUUUUUUUAUUCCAAAAUUGUAGGGUGCUUAGCUUCGUUUGAAAUCAGAACUGCUCAGGUCCAAAGUACACUUGCUGAAGCGCGUGCACUGAAGUAACAGCUCACGAGAAUUUAUGAUGCUUCGUCUAUUGUGUGUGUUAUUAGUCGUAAGUCAUUAUCAGGGCCAUAGUGGUGAGACUAAUUUCAAUUUUCCACGUGGAUAUCAAAAUGUAACCAUUUUCAGAUUCCGAGGAAGAUAUUUGUCUAGACGUAUACCUUAUCCUUCUAAUGGUAGUUUUAAUCCCUUUGCAAUUUCUAAUAAAGAAGCACACAUAUUAAAUGGAAACAUAAAUAACUUGGAAGCUGCAAAAAAAAUGUGUGAGGAAAACAGCUAUUCAUUUGGUAGAGAUCACUUCAGUAAUUAUUGUUUAAACAAUGCAGGUAAAUUUUCCUGUGCAGUUGAUUGUUUUCUCGAGCUGUGUUAUGGUGUUUUUGUAAUCAUCUUCAUAGCACUACACGAAAUGAGUUUUUUGACGUUAUCUAUGAGUCAUGUAAUCAAAGAGAAAACCUUGGGGCUAUUGACAUUGUGCGAGAACCUGUGUGGUUAUGGCUCAGAGAUCAUUGUUCAUCAUUUUCUGCAAUGACUGCCAAUGCUGUUUUUAGUGACAUAUUUACAUUGAAUACUGUCGGAGAGUUAAGUGAGGACCUCAAGUCAUUGUUUGUUGUUCAGCAAUGCAAUCAGUCGUGUUGCGCAUCAUGUGGCAACCAAAUCAUAUAUAAGACAGGUAUAUUUGUUCUUUACAUUACCUGCCCAAAUAUCAUUUCCACGCAAUUUGCAAAUCAUGUUUCAGAAGCUGUUCUUCCUCACAGUAGGGCUCUUUAUUGUGAAUCUUGCCAAAAACACAGUGGUGAUGUUUCUGCAUUGCGACAUUUUGUAACACUUCCCACAUUUUUAACUAUUGAAUUGUCAUCCAAUUGUAUUGAUCAAAUUACAUUUCCUUUAACUAUGGACGUUUUAGAAAAUUAUUAUUCACUGAAAGCUGUUGUGCGUUCUGCAAGUCAACAUUUUACUAUCGCUAUAAAUAAAGGAACACAUUGGUUGUAUUUUGAUGAUAUCUGCAGAUCAAUUCAGCAAUAUUCCACUUUUCAAAACCUCUUGAUUGCCCAUGCCAAUGGCUGGUAUUUUGCUGUCUAUGAAAAGUCUGCCAUUCCAUUCAUUGAUAGCGGUAAUGCACAUGCAGCUGUGAACCAAUCUAAGUACACCCAAGAAUACCUCACAGGACAUUCAGUGCCAAAAGUACUCAUUAAUGAUACUUUAACAGUGCCAUCAAACAAACACAUUGCACAAGCAAAACAAAAUGCAUACAUGAAAGAAUAUCGAAAGAAAAGAAAAAGUAAUGAAACUGCAGAAGAACAACUUGCCAAAAAAAACAAAAGCAAAAUGCUUACAUGAAAGAGUACAGAAGGAGAAAGAAAAAUAAUGAAUCUCAAAGUGAGACGCUUGCUAGACAAGGAAAGCAAAAUAUAUACAUGAGGGAAUACAACAGGAGAAAGAAAAACAUUGAAACUGAUACCAAAAAAUUUGCAACGGAAGAAAAACAAAAUACAAACAUGAAGGAAAAUCAUGAAAAAAGUGAAAAACAACUUGGCCUAAAACAGAAGAAAAAUGCUUACAUGAAAGAGUACAGAAGGAGAAAGAAAAACAAUGAAUUUCAUAGUGAGAAACUUACUACACGACGAAAGCAAAAUAUAUACAUGAAGGAAUACAACAACAGAAAGAAAGACGUUGCAACUGGUAGCAAAACAAUUUCAAGAGAAGAAGAACAAAAUACAGUAAUGAAAGAAGAUCAUGCAAAAAGUGUUCAUGGUGAUUUUAAAAUGCAAGCAAAACUUAUUAGAGAAGAAAAACAAAAUACAGACAUCAUGGAAAAUCAUGCAAAAAGUGUUAACAGUGAUUUUAAAAUGCAAGCAGAUCAAAAUGUAUUUAAAUGUUUUGUGGAGAAGGAAAAAUAUUUGUCUUUGUUUGAUAGUCAAACAAAUGGACCAAUUCAUUUACAGGAAUGGGCUAAAAAAAACAUGCGAGAUUUCCAUAAUUCUUUGAAAUUCAAAAUCUAUAAAUGCAACAUCUGCCAUGAAGCAUGGCCAUUGUCAGAAAAAUGUAAAGAUGAAUCUACAUAUGUGUGCUCUAGGUGUUUGCGUGACAAGAAUGCAACAAAAAAGUUUUCAGUUGACAAUAAUAUGAUACCUUCACAAGCACCAAAAGAACUGCAGGGACUCACGCAAUUAGAAGAAAUGCUUAUAGCACGUGUAUUUCCAGUAAUAUCUGUUUAUACAAAACCAGGGGGCAAAAAGGCAUACAAAGGCCACUGUAUUAAUUUUUCCCAAGAUAUUCAAGAGCUAGCUAACUCAUUGCCAAGGUAUCCGAGGGAGCUGCCUGUGAUAGUUGUGUCAGUCAAAGGCAAAGAUAAUACUUAUAAAGAUCUUACAGUAAGGCGGGAAAAAGUGAGCUGUGCUCUACACUGGUUAGUCCAGCAUAACCCUGUAUACAAAAAUAUUACUAUAGAUUAUGACUGCUUGUCUUCCUUGCCAUCUGAAGGCAUCCCAAGUGAACUGCAUCAGAUUGAUUGUAUUGAGAAUACUAAAGAUAAGGAAAUGGAUCCAGACAGAGGUCCACUUGAUGUCAAUGAAAUACCAUUCAAUGAAGAGACAGAAUUAAGCAGCACAAUCCUUAAUCCAGUAACCUUAAAGCCUCAAAAGCAACUUAUUACAGAUCAGUUAUUGCAAAAGCAUAAAUUAAAUUGGCCACACAGAGACGCAAGCCCUCUGAAUGAAUUUAAGAUCGAAUUUCUAGCAACAAUGGCAUUUCCCACCCUAUUUCCUGAUGCUAAAGGAGACCCUACAAACACUGCUAUAAAGCGGGGUGCAACUUUAGGAGAGAAAAUAAAGCAUCUAAUUAAAUUUGCUGAAUAUUCUAAUGAUGAGUGGACUUAUAGGUUUGCAAGCCAUCCACGAUUUGCAUAUUGGGCUUUUAAUAUGAUUCAGAGGCAUAGACUUCUUAGUCAAGGGAGUAUUUUUUGAAACAAAACCCUAGCGAUGCAAAACUAACUGUGGAACAACUUAAACAGAUGCUUCAGUCAAAUAAUCAUUCAACUUUAAUGUCUAAACUUAUGCAUUAUGCUAAAAAUAUAACUGGUAGCAAUAGCUAUUGGCACAAAGCAAAAGAGGAUUUAAGGGCUACCGUUGCUCAAGUAGGACCUCCUACAAUUUUUUUUUUUUACCUUGUCUUGUGCAGAGUACCAUUGGCCAGAAUUUCAUAAUCUUCUAAGUAAUGACCACUGUGGAGAUAUCACACCAAAAUUGAGACAGAAACAUGUUAUUGACAAUCCACAUCUCAUUGACUGGUUUUUCACUGAGCGAACUGAUCGGUUUGUGAAGUUUUGGCUGAAUAAAUCAUUACAGGCAUCUUGGUAUUGGUACCGAUAUGAAUAUGCUGUUCAGAGGGGAUCGAUUCAUUGUCACGGAGUUGCAAAAUUGCAGAAUGAUCCAGGGCUUUGUGAACUUACAGCAGUUGCACUGCAGGGUUUUUUGGCAUCAAAAUAUAUCAAAGAACACCAAGCAAAUAUAUCAAUUGAAGAACUACAAGAACUGAAAAAUAAGGAGAAAAGGGGGGAAAAUGCUGAGGCAACUGUUUGCCAAUAUGUCAAUUUUUUAUUAACGACAUGGAAUCCUUGUUCUCCAGAUGAAGGUUGGUCCAAGCCAAAUUCUCAUCCAUGUCAAACACCAUAUCUUUCCUUAAAAAGAAGAGAAAAUGGAAGAUGACUAUGUGAAUCUAUUGAAUUCUGUUCAAAGGCAUACGUUGUGUAGUACUAAGUAUUGCCUUAGGGAAAAAGACGGUUGCGAAUUAUGCUGCAGGUUUAAUUUUCCAUUUGAUAACUGUAAAAAAAACAAGGAUAGAUUUUGAACCUGUCCAUACAAAAUCAGGUCAACCAAAGUAUAAAGCAGUUAUUGUUACUAAACGAAAUGACUCAAGAUUAAAUCGUCAUCAACCAUUGCAGCUUCAAGGAUGGAGGGCAAAUUGUGAUAUCCAAAUUAUUGUGGAUUACCAGGCAUGUUUAGAAUAUCUUGUUAAGUACACAUCCAAAGGGGAAAAAGCAUCUUCCGUUGUUAAUAAUGCAUUCACCACUAUUGUUCAGAAGCUUUCAGACACAAGUGACAUUCAUAACACAUUUAAGCAGAUAAUGAUCAAAUCUGUAGGACAAAGGGACUAUUCAAUUCAAGAGGUCAUGCAUCAUUUACUCUCUCUUAAGUGUGUAAGUGCUACUUAUGAAGUAAUAAAUGCAUCUCUAGAUGGCUCAAGAAGAAUUCAAAUUGUAAGAGAUAAGGAAUAUUGUACUGCCCCAUCCAUGCUCGAUAUAUAUGCUGAGCGAAGGAAAUACAUGAAAACAUUUCCAAGUAUACUAGAAUGCAACUUUGUACAGUUUACAUCUACAUAUAUUAAUAAAGGUUCAAAACUAGAGAAAAGAAAACGACCAGUAAUUGUUAAAACAUAUCCAAACUAUUCAUCAAAUCCUCAAAAUCAGCAUUAUGGGCUUUUUUGUAAAUAUCAACUACUUAAGUAUAAACCUUGGGAGCAUACACCAGAUGAUGCCUGGAGUAAUGCUGAACACUGUAAUGAAACAUUCAAAACAUGUUGGAUGAAUUUUCUCUGUAGUAACAAUGGAAAGGCUGUAGUUCCUGACUGGGAAAUCAAGUUACAAGCCUUAAAGGAAUCUAUUAAGCUAGAAACUGACAAUUUUACAACAGAAAAUGAUGAAGAAGAGGAAAAGGAAGAAUGGAUGUUAAUGUCUGAGUUGAAUAUUCAAAACAUUACUAAUGAUGCACAAAGUUCUGUCUUAGCUCCUGAGGGAUAUUGGCACAAUGUUACUGAACACUUUGAUGAAGAGCAACUAAAUUCUGUAGUAUCUUGGUUAGCGAAUCAAAAAUCUAUGAAUAAUCCUCAGUGGCAAAUGCCAACAAGGAUAGUAGAUAUUUCAAGCUUUAGUACAAACCAAAGAUUGGCAUACAACGUAGUUUGUGAUCACUUUAACAGAAGUGACAAAGAACCUAUACUUCUCCUAAUUAAAGGUAUUGCAGGGUCAGGGAAAAGCUAUCUCAUUGACGCCAUUAGAAAUGUACUCCAAACACAAUGCAAGGUGCUAGCGUACACUGGAAAAGCAUCUUUUAAUGUGAAUGGUGUAACUUUGCAUUCAUUUCUCAAAUUGCCAAUUGGCUCAAAAAGACUCACUGAACUAAAAGGAAUAGCACUACAACAGCUUCAAAGUAAUGUAGAAAAUCUUCGGUAUUUGAUAAUAGAUGAAUACUCUUUGGUUGGUCAGAGUUUGCUUGGCUGGAUAGAUUCUAGAUGCCGACAAGCUACAGGCCUGGCAAAUCAGAGUUUUGGUGGUCUUUCGGUUAUUGUUGUGGGUGAUAUAGCACAGUUACCCCCUGUUGGUGAUAAACCACUUUACCAUUCAAUGCCCAAAACAGAUAAGCAGAUUCAGGGUCAUCUCAUGUAUCAACAGUUUAACAAAGUAGUUGCAUUGACAGUUAACCACAGAGUUGAUGGUAACAGUAGUGAGCAGCACCUUUUUAGGGAUCUUCUUCUCAGAGCACGUAAUGGUGAAUCCACACCAGCUGAUUGGCAUACAUUACUGUCAAGAACUCCAGACCGUGUAUCAAAUAUCCAGGAAUUUGAAAUGUCAUCAAUAAGACUAUCCUAUCUCAAGUCUAGUGUUGCAGAGAUAAACAUAGCCAAGUUAAAAGCUCUUAAUCAACCAAUAGCAACUAUAAAAGCUCGUCACUCUGGUGGUGCUCAGAACCUUAGCUCAGAUGAAAUGGGAGGCCUAGAGCCUGUGAUUUACUUAGCAAAAGGAGCGAGAGUAAUGCUCACUAUGAACAUCUGGACUGAAGUUGGACUUUGUAAUGGAGCCCUAGGGACAGUAUUAGAUUUUGUUUAUCCACAUGACCAGACUCCCCGACGCUACCAAUUUGUGUUCUUGUACAGUUUGACGACGAUUAUAAUGGCCCUACUCUUUCUGCUAGAUUUCCAAGAUGUGUUCCAAUUUGUCCAAUAACACAGGUUUCUCAAAACCUAGGUCAAAAAUGUGAAAGACAGCAAUUACCCCUAAAGUUAGCAUGGGCAAUCACUAUACACAAGAGUCAAGGUUUAACGCUAAAGAAAGCCUGGGUUGAUCUUGGUCCUUCAGAAAAAUCUUCAGGAAUGACAUAUGUUGCACUAAGUAGAGUUAAGAAACUUGAAGACCUAAUGGUAGAACCCAUGACCCUGGAUAGACUGCAAGCACCCAAAAAAAUGUGCAAUUUAAAUUACAGACUUAAAGAAGAAGAGCGGCUGGAUGGUUUAGCCCAAGAUACUUUGGACAGUUUAUUGUAGAAUCCUAUUGCCCUAAAUAUAUUAAACAUCCAAACCAGAUAAAACCACUUUUAACAAUUAGAGUUUGAUUAACCAGAUGUGAGCCUUGAUUCAAGAUAAUGUAAAGGAUACAGAUUUUAACUUGAAAUAAUGGCAUAAAUUGAGUGGAAAACUGCUACAAUGUACAUAACCUUUAUUUAGAAUUUUUAUUUUUGUUACAGAUUCUUUGUGGAAAGAAUGUCAAAGCGUGAGCCAGACCUUAACUCGGGUAAGUAUUAUGAUUAUGGGGGAAGAACAGUAGAUCAGAAUGCAAGGAAAAUGGUGAAUAGGUACUAAACACAGAGACUACAGUGAUUUGUUGCCUAUUUAACAUGAAUCUUUUGAUUUUUUCCUUAGAAUCACUCUGUGGCUUUAUACAUAAUUUAAGCCCUGUAAAACGCUCAAAAGAGAACGGAUUGGUUUGAGUUUCAUCUGCAAACAAGUCCUUCCAAAGUACAGCGAGUAGUUGGAUUUAAUAUCCCAAGCCACUCAACCUUCAGUGGACAUAACAAAUCAAAAACCCUGUGCUGCUGUCAAAUACUAAGAAGAAUGAUUCGAACAAGGACAUUAUCUUCAACCAACAGUCAAUUGUAAGGUCUGCACCAGCGUUCGACAUUGACUUUGAUUAUUCUCCAGACAUUGCUGCAUCUGAGUCAUCCUCCUCUUCAGUGCAACCUGCUACUACGAUCACUCUGGAACAGGUACCAACUCUAAAGAUAAACCAGAAGGUCAACGUCACAGCAACGAUUUCAUUGGGCAGUGAACAACCUAAGCCGGUUGAAGUGAAAUCCACACAAAAGAUAACGCUCGUCAAAGAGGAUUGUGUCUUAGAAGAUGAGACAGGUACAGCUGAAAUUCACAUUUGGGAUGAGCUCAUCAACAACGUGAAAAAUGGGACAACAUAUGAAUUCCAAAACCUGAACGUCAAGCACUUCAAAGGAAGCACCCACUUAGCAACGACACCAGCAACUACCUUCAAGGAAGCCAGCAAACAACUUAAAUCUGUGCAAGGGCCUACACUACUGGAAAACCCAGAAAAAGAAGUUAAAGUCGAGAUGUUCAAGUUUCUUAACAACCUAAGCAUAUUCGUUGCUUGUCAAGCUUGUAAGAGGAAGAUAACAGAGAGUGCCCAUCAGAAGUACAUAAAAUGCAGGAACUGCGGAGUAAGGCAGCGUCAAGGCGAAUGCAAGAGAGAUGCAUCUGUGCAAGUCAAAGUAGAAAUAGCUGGAAAGGAAAUAUGGCUGACAGCGUUCACAAAAGAAAUUGAAAGUCUUCUGGCUCUGUCUCCAGAGCUUUCCCUUAUGAGUGACUCAGAAUCUAUUGAAGACCACCUUAUGGACCUCAAGGAUAUCCACUUCACCUAUAAUGUGAACAAAAACACCAUAACCCAGGUGACAUCUCUUUCAAAUGGACUGGCGCAAUGACACUAUGGAACGAUUGAUUAAUGGGCUAUCUUGGCAUGAAACUACUUACUAUGUAAACUACGUUCAAAGUUGCCUUCUAAAAUCAUGUUAAAACACGAACAUGAAACAUUUUAAAAACAAAGAAAUCAUGUGAGAUAUGCAUUUUUAUCUCUGUUACAAGUUCAGUUCUUAAAGACAUUUCAAAAAAACAAGGAUUUGCAUUUGGAAUCUACUUUACAAGUUUCGUUUUUAAAAACAUUCUAAAGGACGAAGAAAAGCAUCUCAGAUUUGCAUUUGUAAUUUACGUUACAAGUUUUGGUAUUAAAGACAUUUGACACAUUUCAAUUCAUGCUCAUUUGUCUCAGGUAAUGCAAGGGCUACAUAUAUUUCAGCUCUAAUCUGCCUUACAAGUUUAGUUCUUACGGACAUUCUAAACAACAAAGAAUAGCAUGUGCGUUUUGCAAUGCUUUUUUAAACAAUCAUUCAAUUUGAAAAAAAUGUUCUGUAGUCUGGUUACUUCUUCAUUUUCAUUCGGCAAGCAACUGUCGCCGUUUUUACUCGUUGGCACUCUAGCGCCAGCUAUUUCUAGUUUUAAUUCCAAAACUUCUGCGUCGUAUACAACGGGCAGAAUUUUAUUCUCACUACUUUCGAUAUAGCAAUAUGAUCGAAUGGAUUAUAUUGUACAUAGUCCACAUUUGUAGUACGUUCUCUGUUUUCGCGCUCUUGUUGCUACAAGAAUACCGCCCACCAUGAUUAACAUGAUUUCUAUGUAACACUCACUGUUUGUUUUAGACGGUGCUGGAGUCCAAGAGAGAAGCUCUCACUGGGCUCCUUGUUCAGCUGGUAGGCGAACAACAAAAACGAGAAGAUGAACUCAUGAAGAGGCUUGUAAGUGUUGUAUUUAUCCGCAGAACCAAAAGUUGCAAACAUUCUAUGUUAAAUCAACAAGACUAAAAUAAAAGCCAUCAUUGCUAGUACUUAGAGUUUCAAAGAACUCCUAUUCUGUGGCUUUCAUUUAAGUGGUACCCUUUCAGAAGUCAUUGACACUGAAAUAGAACCAUCUAAUGCUGUAUCAACGGUUGAAUGAGGUGCAUAAAAAUGUUAAUAGUAAAGUACAUGCUCGGAGAAAGUUUGCAGACUACCUUACCAAGUUAGGCACAAUGUGCUGCUCAGCAGCUUUCACUUGAGAGAAUUUUAUCCACAGACGCAGUAGUUAGAACUUUCUUGAUAUUUGAUUCUUGGUUCAAAUAUUUAGGGGAUUUUUCGACCUCUCUUCGUACUAAAACCCGAAUUCAACGCUUAUUUAUCUUACAUUGUUUCUCUGGUAGGUUGAGAUGGAACACAAAAGGGAAGCGGAUAUCGAAGACUAUUGGCUGAUUCAAUAUCAGAGGUUACUCGAGAGUAAACCGCAAACUUUACUUGAGAAGGUACCUAUUCAACAUUAUAACAGCUCAUUUCUGAACAGUAUGUUAAACAUACAUAGCUAGCUUGAUCGUGGCCAAACGACGAAGAGGGCUUUGCAGAACAGUGUAACUAGGGGCUGGGAACCUGCGAAUACAAUCUCUCUUAUCGCUCAACUCCUUGAUCAGUGAUUUAAGACGACUGAAUUCAAAGGUUAAGUUAGAAACGAGGUUACGCCAAGUAACAAUUAAAAUAUUUUGGAAAGGCCAAAACUCAUCGAUGUGGUUUUUUGUCCUACAGGGACAAAAUGAGGGUAAUUUUAGACCCCGUUUGAACGGGUCCGGACAAAUUUUUGAACGAACAAAAACUUGCACGGAUCCACCUUUCGUAAACGGGACCCGAGGCACAGUGCAAAUUUUUGAACGGCGAACAGUACAGCAAUCUGUAGCAGAAUUUGCUGCAAUCCGCGUAAACGGGUUGCACAGGUCAAAAAUUCGUCCGGGCACGUGCAAACGGGGUCUUAGAGAGAGAUCGGUCACGUGGAGUAUACAGCAGCGAAUGACAGGAGGACCAAUAUCGCGUGACCGGAACCCGCCGCUGAUGUGUGAAAAAUCCUAUUAAUACUUUCAAUAUUUCUAAUAAAGUGUUGUUCUUAAACUUAAUCUUACAGCAAUGUGACAGUAAUAUUUACGACAUACUUGCCGAAGCAGAAGCACAGGACUACGCAGCUCACUUCGCGCGCCAUCGUGUCACGUGGGAAAUGCUUAAAACCAUGACAGACAGUGAACUUAAAGAGGUAUAAGUAAAGGGCGGCAUGAGUCAGUAUAGACAAUUUCAUUUCCAGUCUGACCAAAACACACGGCGUCAAAAGUCAACAUACUAAUACGGGGCUAAUACGAAGGUUUUGAUAAGAAAAAAUGGACCAAUGUAUGCAUAGUUAGUCCUUAAAAAGCGCUUUGCGGCUGCUAUGGUAGGGUAGUAAAACGCCAAUAGUAAGUUUCCUCUGAAUGAUUUGUUUAUGAAAAUUGUCUUUUGUUUCUCGUGACGUAUAUUGGUUAGACUGUUCGUAGUCCCCUUCUUUUCUGUAAGAUCGUCGGGAUCCAGAACCUACCCUUAGGGCGUCUAUCUUGGUUUUAUAUGUGCCGAGUAUAGCCUGUGCAUGAGUAUGAAAUCUGCUAAGUUUCUCUACUUUUCUCGCCUCUCUCCGCUCACCGCUCGGUACAUUUAAAACCAAAAUGGCCGCCCGUAACACAAAGCGCUCGAUAUUGACGAUUAUAGGGAAAAAUAGGGGACUUUGAACAGCCUUUGUGUCGGAACGAAACCGAACGAUGACCUCUCCGUUUUUGAAGAGGACGAAUGUUCCCUUUUUUGUCUUGUUGUUUUUUCUUCGUUUCAGUUUUGAAAGGUUACACACAGUUGAAAAAGCGUAACAAACUUUGGUUGUUUUCAUUUUUAGCUGGGUAUUCACGAGCUGGGAGUUCGUAAGGCAAUACUAAGUGUGGUCCAGGAGCGUCUACGUUUUGACGUCAAAGCCAAAGAGAAAGAGCGAGAAAUUGAAACACCUGCAGAGGUACGUAAUGUAAUUCGGAUCAGAGUAAAUUAUAAACCUUCUGCGCGGCGAGAAGGUUUUAUACAAGAAUGUGAAAUUGGAUUUUAGUUUCACAGUUAGCAUUCUCAGCGGGAACGUUUUGUUGUUCUCAUCCUAGCGGUAAACAAAUCGUGAAUUCUUGUUAUGGUUUGUGAAUUGAACAUUGUUUCAUUCUUGUAAUGUUUUGUGUUGUUUCUCUUUUCUCGUUGUUUCUUGUUUUUCUUAACCGUUAUUGUAAUUUAAGUGGUUUAUUUUGGGUAUUUACAGGCGCCCGUGCCCUCUCCAGCCCCUCCUGCCCCGAUUCCAACACAACCCACAGCAACAGCACCUGUAAUAGAGCACCAAGAUAUGACCACAGAAUGUGUAGUUUGCAUGGAUCGAAGGGUAAGAUUGUAGCAGCCGUCACUAUCAGUAUAACCAUGUUCAAUAUAUUUAUUAACCUCCGUAACGCACUAUAACACUGCCUGUGAGUGCAAUCAUCCUCAAAGGUACCUUAUAUGGAAGUUCACGAUUUUCCGUAAGUAAAUCUAAAAUCAAUCUAUUUAAUUCUUAGCCUGAAAUUCAUCCGAUUGCUUCGAGUCGUUUUCUCCACUCAACAACUGAGGUUACUGAGGGAGUAAUAAUGACUCGAAGUAAUCGGAUGAAAUUCAGGCUAUUUAAUUCUAAACGAAAGUUUAUAGCGAAGUCAGUCAAUUCAGCUAUUCAAACCUAUCGCCCAGAAUGCUAUUGUCUCUCUCUGCAUGUACUUACAGUUGCCAGUUUAUCAAAAGGCCGCAUAACAUAAACUGAGUUGAAGAAAGUAACUUAAGUCGCCAGGUAAAGAUGGUGCUGGAGAGUUUGAACUGAGUUUAGACUCGUCUUUGAAACCAACCAGCAGUUAUUUGUCGGUUCAGGUCUCCUCUUUCCGGUGUAUUUGAACCUCAGCAACAUUAACCGAAGAAUCCGUACUGCACUGUACUAUUUACUAACUCGAUCUUUAACUCGUUGACCUUUUAUUCCUGAGUAUUUGACUUGUGGUUUUUCUCUAUCAGGCUGAUGUGGUGUUGCUGAAUUGUGGACACGUUUGUUGCUGUUUCAAUUGUUCCACUUCAUUGUCCAAUUGUCCCAUGUGCCGUAACCCUGUGGUACAGCGUGUUCGGAUAUUCCUCUCCUAAUUGCUACCAGUCUACAGCAUUGCACUUCACCUGCGUCGUACACUUCGUCGAAAAAGCGCGCGGGAAAACAGGAAGGUCGCGCAACCUCUUCAUUGAGGGCUUUUCCCUCAGGUUUCUGUGGGGAAAGCCCUGGAAACUAGGUUGGAAGAAAAGAAAAGAAUCCAGCAUUUCAGUUUGUCAAAUUAUUGUGGUUAGUCGAUACCAUUUGCUAGAACCGAUACUCUUACUAUUUCUCAGACGGUAUUCGACAUCGAUACCAUGAAGUCAUUAUUGAAAAAUUUUAGAAGUAUACCAAAGGAUAAAUCUAAAAGAAACAGUGCUUAAACCAGAUCAGUUCCUUUAGGGCAAUUUACCCCUUCUCCAAAUUGUGCUUUCCGUAUGAAAAUAAAGAUGGCUUUUGGUCUCGUUGAUCCAUCCCGACAAAGAACUGGUCGUGCGAAAAGUACAUAAUACAAACACAAAUUAUUAAAUAAGCCUUUUGCUGGGCUUUCACUAACAUUUCACGCAAUUAGUAGGCAGGGAAUUGAAUACCUAGGAAUAUCGUUUUGCUCUAGUUUCCUUGUGUUUCCUAUAACAGUAUAGCCGGUCGGGGAUUAUGUUCAUAGUAGCCGGUGGAAAAUCCUGCGGGCAAUAUUUUCCUCGAGCAGGUAUACGUAAUCCGUCCCAAAGAGACAUGGGAUAUAUCGGCUUACAUAGUGUAUUGGGCAAAAUAGCCGCUAAACAUUGUACGUUCUUGCUGAAGAAAUUAUUGUGAUUAACGUAAAAGCUUCAAGAAAAACGUUUUUUUUUUUUUCAUUUUAGUCUCUGUAGAGGUGAUUUAUUGGACAAAUCAUUUACAUUCCGGAGACAAGAGUCAUUGUUAUCACAUGAACCUAAGCUUCCUAUCCUCACCAAAAGUUGAAUGCGUUCGCAUGUCAGUAUCGUUAUAUGCAGGGGUCCCCAAUAGGGAUCUUCAAUCCAGUCACCCCGAGCGAUCCAAAUUUUCCCGUUCAUACCGCCCAUCCCGUCCCGUGGAUACUUUCAAUCCCGAAUCUCGCCCUCAGUUUGCUCUCAAAUCCCGAAUCUCGGCGUUCAAAUGAGGAAAAGCCAGCAUCCCGAGAAAUCUGUUGGGGACCUUAUGCAGUGGCAUUUUGUCACGGAAGGCAUGUUGAUCGUAAAAUUUACUUACUAGAAAAUCUUUUAUAUAUGAUAUAUAUAUAUCUAGUAUUUUGUAGUUUUAAUUUGCCUAGGCUGGAAUAGGCGUUUAAUGUCUUAUUUACAUUAGUGAAGUUUUGGUAAUUAAUUUAAGGAAAAACGCUCUUAGAAAAUUUAUCGAUUGGCAUCCAAUUUGUUAACGCGAUAUUGUUAAAGUAGAAAACAUAACUAUUUAGGUGUUAAAUGUAGCACUUUUAAAGUAUGAACAUUUAUUUUAUAGACUCCUCAACAUAUCCUGUCGUUCACGGCCAAAAGAAAUAAUUUGGGGUGUCUGAAAUUAGUCGCCAUCUAAUGCGAUUAGGGGUCAGCUUCGAUUGACGAGGCCGGCAAACAGCCAUUCUGAUUAUACAAGCAACUGUAGAAUUGUGCAGUUGAAAUAACGUAUUCAUUGAAGCAACGCUGAAAGUAUAAAUAAUGUUUAACAGUUUGCUUUCAUUGUACAGUAUAUAAGCAAUAAUUGUGCUUUUUGUAAGACAAUGGUGACACGAAUUACCCCAUCUAGAUUCAUUUAAACAACGGAAAAUGAAUAAAUAAUAUUUAAAGGAAAUU